CUGUCGGCUGCAGCCAAUGGGGUCCCCCGGAGCGCCGAGGUGCCGGAGACCUGUGAGCGCCCGCCUGGCUGGGUGAAUGUUGUCUCCGGGGGUAGAAGGUUCCAAUCCUGCUGACCUCUGGCCGGGCGCCCCGGGGUGCAAAGCGCCUUCUCCCCGCCCGGCCUCCUUUUGCACGAGGGCGGCCUCCGCGGCAGCAGAUACGUGACCUGGACCGUUCCUUCUUCUGCCGGGGCGGGAGCAAGAAAGCGCCUCCCCUUUCGCAUCCUAUGAAACAGAAUUUUAUGUAUGACAAGCAAAAAUGAACAGCACCAUGAGCGAAGAGCCUGAUGCGUUAUCUGUAGUUAAUCAGCUGAGGGACCUUGCAGCUGAUCCCCUAAACAGAAGAGCAAUUGUCCAGGAUCAGGGAUGUCUACCAGGCCUUAUUUUAUUUAUGGAUCAUCCCAAUCCCCCAGUUGUCCAUUCAGCCCUACUGGCUCUCCGCUAUUUGGCGGAAUGUCGUGCCAACAGAGAAAAGAUGAAAAGUGAACUAGGUAUGAUGCUGAGCUUACAAACCGUCGUGCAAAAGACCACCACACCAGGAGAGACAAAAUUGUUGGCUUCUGAAAUCUAUGAUAUUCUUCAGUCUUCCACAAUGUCGGACGUUGACAAUGUGAACGAGAUGAACUCGCGGCGCCGGAAAGCUCAGUUUUUUCUGGGAAGUACAAAUAAACGUGCUAAAACAGUCGUGUUACACAUAGAUGGCCUUGAUGAUUCGUCCCGAAGAAACCUUUGUGAAGAGGCCUUGCUGAAGAUUAAAGGGGUCAUCAGCUUCACGUUUCAAAUGGCAGUUCAAAGAUGUGUAGUCCGAAUCAGAUCAGAUUUGAAAGCAGAGGCACUGGCAACAGCAAUAGCAUCAACCAAAGUUAUGAAAGCCCAGCAAGUUGUGAAAAGUGAAAGUGGAGAAGAGAUGCUGGUUCCAUUCCAAGAUACUCCUGUAGAAGUGGAACAGAAUACCGACCUCCCUGAGUAUCUGCCAGAAGAUGAAAGCCCUUCAAAGGAGCAAGACAAAGCAGUGUCCCGGGUUGGAUCACACCCAGAAGGUGCAGCCAGCUGGCUGAGCUCAGCUGCAAACUUUCUCUCCAGAUCCUUCUACUGGUGACUUUGAGUCAAGGCUUACAGGACUGUGUGAACCAACAGAGGGCCAGUUUUCCAUUGGUGUGGUGAACUGCCAAGUGCAAUUUGCAAUAAGUUAUCACAAAAUUUUAGACUACACAAAACAUAUGCUGUCUUUUACAUUUUGUUGGACAUUUGGUCUUUCAGGCCAGUGAGAAAGAUGGAGGCAUUUGUUAAUGCCCUUGCCCUCGCCUCUGUUCUCAUAUGUUUUAUUGCCUCACUUUUUAAUAUGGGUCCAUGAUUAACCAAACUUUGUUGAGUGUAUAGAGCUUUAAGUUAAUAUUAGUGAUAAAACACAUACAGAACCCAUUCAGUACAAAUCUCAGGACACCUGUGCAAGGAAAUUAUUAGCCCUUAAUUUUGCAUAGAUUGAAAUGCCUUUUUUUCUUUUUCUUUUGCCUUAUUUCAGAUUAUAUAUUUCCCCUGGAAGGUCAUUCUAAUGGGGGGAAACCUGAAUUGUUUACCAUUUAUUCCCUUCCCCUGCACACUUGGUUCAGAGUUGGUAUGUCAUUAUUCUACUUGGUGCAUUGCAACAAGAAUGAUUCAAACUUGAACUUUACAGCCCUUGAUGUGCUGGGAUUUUUUGUUUUUCUUCUAAACUGUCAGCCCUUGACCACUCGCAAUUUGAACAUUAGUAAAUAAAUGAAGGUGGAAAUGUGAGCGUGUAAGUAAAUAAUCUGUAAAAAAAUAAUAAUAAUGCUUGUAAUGAUGCCUAUGACUUUGUAAAUAUGAUCAGAAACCACUGAUUGCAAUUUAGGUUGGAUAAAGAAGCUCUGGUUUCAAAAGUUGCAGCCUGCUCCAGUGACAUCUUGGUUGCAGAAUUUGUCUGUGGUAGAAAGUGUGAUGUUGGCCUUACUCUGAUAUUGUUUUCAAUUGGUUUAAUGAGAGCUAAAAAUGUAACAUAGUGGCCAGUGGGUGGGUGGGAGGGAAUUAAAUGCCUAAUAUGCCAUUGUGCCACUGCCCUACACUUUAGACUUUUGUUGCUUGGUGGAAAUUUCAUGUAUAAUCCCAGUUGCCUUUUAUGCUUUUCAAUUCCACCUUUAUGCCCUGUGAACUAUGGAGCAAUCUGAAAAUUGUUUGUGAAGCCUGGAGCAGGGCAAAAGCCAGCAUGUGCCUGAUGCCCAGAGGGGGGUGGGCAUCCUGGAAAAAGUCCUUGUAAGUGCACUCACCUAGUCUAGACAACAAGGAAACCUGCGCCUGAAGAAUGGGCUUCACUUGGCGAUCUUGUAGACAAUUAAGGUGCUUGCACCAUCACAUCUUGUCUCUGCCUAGCUUCCAGAAAAUAUAAUGCAAGUAAAUAUUCAGUAGGGAAAACAUUAAGCAUAGCAAUUAGGUUACUGAAAUAUUGUCUGGGAUUUUUCUCAGUGCGUUAGAAAACCUUGUACGCAACUGCACCACAGGAAUACAACCGUGACACUGCGAUGCUACCCUAAAGCUGAUUCUGCAGUGCUUCGUUUUGUGGUGUGAUCCAUACAAAUUUUUACUUAAAUCAGUGACGUACACGUAUCAAGGCAGUGUUUUUGCCCCUUUGGAGGUCUUAUCUCUGUGUCUUGCACAGUAGCAGUAAAUUAGUAGCUUCAAGAUGCUUAUUAGUAAAAACAAAAUUGCAGGGGGAAGUGAAAAGUUCAAAUGAUAAAUCAAAGUUCUCAUAAAUUCAGCCUACUUUUGAGAUAAAGAGCUUACUUUCAGAUUUUAUUAUUUUUAUUUUUUAAUGUACCUAGUUUAUUUGGUUGAAGUUUACACGCACAGAAUACAAGCUUUCUAAGGCAUGUAUUGUAUUAAAUAUGUAUUUCUAAGCAUAUUGCUGUCUAGAACGUUACAGUACCAAAUGUGUUUGCAAAGCCCUCUGUUGUGUAGCCAUGGAUACAAUGUUUACUUUUUUGUUUUAACAUCUCUCUCUAUCUGUGCAAUUUGCAUUGCCGCACACUACCUGACACACCCCUUUGGAUAUUAAUGGUUCAGUACAAGUAGAUAUUAAAACUUGUGUAAUCAAUCUGUAGGUAUAUUUUCCCCCUUUGGUCAGUAUUGCAGCUCUCCCAGUUAAAGCAUCUAUAAAAGAGCUUUUGAAAUACUGUAAAAUAAAAGUGUAAUAUAAUGAA